AUGGUCGAUGCAGAGCAAAGCGAUCUCUGCAGAGCGCACAUUGUUGCAGCUGAAAUGAUUCACAGUCUGUUCCUGAUUAAUAACACGGGAGACAUCUUCCUGGAGAAACACUGGAAGAGUGUCAUCAGCAGGAGUACCCCUCAUCACUACCUCAUUAGUGUCUACAGAGGAAAACUCUUCCUACUGUCAGUCAUCCAAUCUGAAGUCCCCCCUCUGUUUGUCAUCGAGUUUUUGCACAGAGUGGCAGAUACUAUUCAGGACUACUUUGGUGAAUGCACAGAAAAUGUGAUUAAGGAUAACGUGGUUAUUGUAUAUGAGCUGUUGGAAGAAAUGCUUGACAACGGCUUCCCGCUGGCAACAGAGUCCAAUGUCCUCAAGGAGAUGAUCAGACCUCCAAACAUCCUUCGAUCUGUUGUCAAUACACUCACGGGAAGCAGUAACGUUGGAGAUACACUGCCAACAGGGCAACUAUCCAAUGUCCCAUGGAGGCGCGUCGGUGUGAAAUACACCAACAACGAGGCAUACUUUGACGUUAUAGAGGAAAUAGAUGCCAUUAUUGACAAAUCUGGUACCACAGUUUUUGCUGAAAUUCAGGGUGUAAUAGAGGCCUGUGUGCGGCUCUCUGGUAUGCCUGAUCUGACUUUGUCUUUUAUGAAUCCCCGUCUUCUCGAUGAUGUGAGUUUCCACCCCUGUGUUCGAUUCAAGCGCUGGGAGGCCGAGCAUGUGCUUUCUUUCAUACCACCAGAUGGAAAUUUCAAUCUGAUGACCUACCAUGUCAACUCACAAAAUUUAGUUGCCAUUCCAGUGUACGUAAAGCAGAACAUAAGUUUCUUUGACUCUGGAUCUUGUGGACGCCUGGACAUCACAAUUGGACCCAAACAAACAAUGGGGAAGACAGUUGAGUGUUUAUCUGUCACCAUACCUAUGCCUAAAACUGUGCUCAAUGCCAACCUUACAGCCACACAUGGGAGCUACACAUUUGACCUCGCUACUAAGGUGCUGAUCUGGGAUAUUGGAAAGCUUAAUCCUCAGAAACUUCCUAAUUUAAAGGGAACGCUUAGCAUUCAGUCUGGGGUCCCUAAACCGGAGGAGAACCCUUCCCUCAGCAUUGGACUGAAAAUCCAGCAGCUGGCCAUAUCAGGGCUCAAAGUGAAUCGGUUGGACAUGUAUGGAGAGAAAUACAAACCUUUCAAAGGAGUCAAGUAUUUGACCAAAGCAGGAAAAUUCCUGGUCCGGACCUAA